UGUUCCUGCAUUCCGUGGCCGGUAUCCCUACGUUGAAAUUUGAAUUUAUCUCAUCCACCAUGAACUUCCUGUCACGUGCAGUUUUCGCUCUGGGAGCACUGGCCUGCGUAACGGACGCCUCCUACCUCAUCGGUGUGGGCAAAGCGGACGUUACCGGUCCGGUAGCGGAAGUGGGCAUGAUGGGCUAUGCCGAUCUGGGCCAGAAGACCGCCGGUCUCCUGAAUCGUCUCUACGCCCGCGCCUUCAUUGUCUCCAACCCCGCCAACCCGGCGGAAACCGUUGUCUUCGUCAACUGCGAUCUGCAGGCCGUCUUCCAGCAAGUGCACCUCGAGGUCAUCAAGCAGGUCAAGGCCAAGUACGGCGGCGUCUACAACGAACAGAACAUCAUCCUCCACGCCCAACACACCCACGCCGGACCGGGCGGAUCGUCGGCCUAUCUUCUGUACGAUUUCACCAUCCUGGGAUUUAUUGAGGACAACUUCCACGCCAUCGUUAACGGGAUCGUUAAGGCCAUCGACAAUGCGCAUAAUUCCCUGGCGCCUGGGAAUGUCAAGAUGGUGCAGGGCCAGGUGGCCAACUGCGGACGGAAUCGAUCACCGGAAGCGUAUUUGAACAAUCCCCAGGAGGAACGGGAUCAGUAUGCUGAGGAUAAAGAUUCCACGAUGACGGUGCUGAAGUUCAGUGAUAACGAGGGAAAACUGCGCGGUGUGCAGGUGGUGUACCCGGUGCACCCGACGAGUCUCAACAAAAGCAAUGAACUGGUUAGCGGAGAUAAUAAAGGUCAUGCUGCGUGGUUGCUGGAACAGCGUCACAAAGGUGUCAUUGCCGCCGUUGGCAUUUCCAACGCCGGCGACAUCAGUCCCAACAUGAUCGAUAACGGUGACGGGACAUUCCGUGGAGAAGGCCGCGACCAGAUCGAAAGCACUGAAAUCAUCGGCACCCGUCAGGCCGACAGAGCCGACGAGCUGAUCCGCUCCGCCGACGGCACUCUCCUUACCGGUACUCUCGUCGGGAAACUGGCCUGGGUCAACUUCGCCAGCGUCAACAUCGCCAACACGCCAGGCGCCCGCACCUGUCCCGCCGUGGCUGGACAGAACUUCGCCGCCGGCACAGAAGACGGAGUGGGACUGGGUGUUUUCCAGGAGGGCGACACUGACGCCAACCCGCUGUUCGCCUUCGUCUCCAGCGCGAUUAAACCCACACCCCAAUGGGUGCGGGACUGCCAGACCCGCGCCAAGGUGCCACUGCUCCCGACCGGCUUAAUGGAGCCGCAUCCCUGGACACCCGAUGUGUUGGGCAUGCAGAUCCUGCGCAUUGGACAGUUGGCAAUUGUCUCGGUGCCGUUCGAAGUCAGUACGAUGGCCGGACGCAGAAUUAGGAAGACGGUGCUGAGCAGGCUGGAAGGCAGCGGUGUGUCUCAUGUCGAGAUUGCCGCUAUCAGUAAUGGAUAUUCACAAUACCUGACCACGCGAGAGGAGUAUGCUUUACAGCAUUAUGAAGGAGCCUCAACCCUUUUCGGCCCGUACCAACUGGAAGCCGUCCAGCAAGAGCUGGCCCGCGUUGCUGAUUCCAUCGCCAACCCCGCUCACACACUGGACAUUGGCGCUUCGCCAUACUUCUUCAACAUCGACGACCUCCUGAACUUCCAGACCGGUGUCCUGCUGGAUGACAAACCCUUGCUGAAACCCUUCGGGGCUGUUCGCGAGGAAGCCAGGACCCAGUACAGCGUCGGCCAGACCGCCAGUGCCGCUUUCUACGGCGGUCACCCCAAGAACCAGUUCGCCCAGGUGGAAUCGUUCUGCGACGUGGAGCAAAUGCAGGCUGAUGGAACGUUCAAGCGUGUCAUGCGGGAUGAUCACUGGGAUGUGCGAUUCAAGUGGAGCCGAACGUCGAUUGCCUACAGCAACAGCCAGUGUGAGUGGUACAUCCGUGCGGGUGGCGAGUACACGACGGGAGUGUACCGGUUCAAGCACUACGGAUUCCACAAGAGCGGAUGGACCGGCACGAUUCGGGCGUAUGAGGGACAAUCUAACACGUUCCUUGUUGUCUGAUCACGUGUUUAGCUUUUCUAAUAGUGCGGCACACAACGUUCUAUGCUGUAAGGUCAACAGAAUAAAGUGGUAAAUAUUAUACAUAAAA